AUGGGCCGCACUAACACCACCUCAACGAACCGCUUGGAAAGCGAAAGUGCAAUCGGGCGAUCCAUUAAAAUGGCUCCGCCCCGCCUGGACCAGUUUCCAUCAGAGCUGAUUGAUGCCAUUGCGUCGUUCCUGGAUGAAGAGGACCUUCUCACAAUCCGCUUUGUCUGUCACGCACUUAGAAGUGGAUCAGAGUCGCUUUUCGGAAGGACUUACUUCACUUCAAGGACUACGUCACUCGACCUUGAUGACCUUCACUCCCUCUCGGAAGUUUCGAGGCACCCAAAGUUCAGCGGUCAUACCAAAGAGCUCGGCAUCGAUAUUGAACUUCUUGCUAGAUCCUCAUCUCCAUGCCCACUCGAUAUUUUCGAACGAUUGAUCGGUAGCGCUGAACACAAGAUCUUCCGCGACCCGCAUAACAAACCCCUUCAAGAUUACCGUAACGAGUUACGCAAGAUCUCUGAAUCUCAAAAAUUUGCCGAUCGUGUGGGUCUACAAACUGCGGUCCUCACUUUGAUCCUACGCAACCUUCCGGCCUUGACAGACAUCCAAAUGUAUCGCGGCGUCAACGCCUCCUUCCAUAAGAAGGUUGCAAAGGGUUGGUAUCAUUCGGGGAUGCAUAAACUAGCGGCAAACGUGCCUCUCGCUCUGUCCAAGAUGUUCGAUUAUACCUCUGGAGUCGACAAGGUCCUUACCGCCAUAAGCGUUAGUAUGAAGCCACUCAUAUCUCUCGCCAUCGACUCUUUCGAUCCGGGCUCGAGUGCCGUCCCUGACCACUUGCCAACAGCCCUCAACUACAGUCUGAAUUCUGUAAAGUUUCUCGACCUCUGA